AUGAACACGGUACUUCCACCACCGCUGCCUACCAAGACAAUUAUUUCCAAGACAUCGGAUGUUUCUGCUCCUACUGGGUUGAGCCAAGCCAAAGGCGUUGCACUACUGCCGAUAAACGAAGAAGACGAACCCAAAACCUAUUAUUUAGAAGUCGCUGACCAAGCCUCGGCGGAUGACUCUGAUGACAACAUGGAGUAUGAAGAUAUUGCUGUAGAGCAAUUUGAUGACUAUUCAGAUUCUGAUGUAGAUGAAACUUUGGAUCAAGCUGUAAGGAAUAUUCACGAAAAAGACUAUUUUGGAAUUUCAUUGGAUUCAAUUACCCGAUUAGUAGAGCUCACACCCACACUCACAAAGCACCCCGAGGUGAUUGACGAUUAUAUUCGCAACUACUUGUCAAGCAAAGGACUUAACGAAUGGUAUGAGUUUCAGCAAAAAGAACGGCUUGCACCCGAAGAUAUUACAAUUGUUCCCAAUGUCUACCAAAAAAACCAAGAACUGUCUGAUGCUUUACAAAAGCUACGUGUAGAUGUAGAGACGUACAAGGACAUUGCAAGUAAAGCUCGUGCUACAUACGACAAGUUGCGCAAGGAGCGAGAUUUUCAUCGUAUGCAUCAUAAACGUGUUGUACAAGAAAAAAAUAAGUUGAUUUCAGAUAUAAAGCGACUCAAGAAACACUAUGAAAACUAUGAGCCAACUUUGAAGCAACUUCAACACAAGUACGAGAUCGCCAUGAAAGAAAAAAUGCUGACCAAAAUUGAGCGUGAUCGGCUGAUCUCUAAAGUUGUUACAUUGGAAGAUAGUGUAAAGAAUGCCGAAGUGGCAUCUAAAGGUGUGUCGAAAUCAUCACGAACCAGUGCAGUGCAGCGCGAAAUAGCUAUUCCAGCCCCUCUUGGAUCUACACGAACUACUCCAGCUCCACAAGACGGACAGCAGCAAGCGCCAAUUCAAAAAAAAUCAUCCAGUUUUAAAGAAGCAGUACUUUUGGCAGAUGUCAAAACCAAUCCAUUUAUAUCUACAGAAUUUCCGACUCCCAAGUACGAAAGUUUCAAGCAAAUUCAUCAAGUCAAAGGCCAUACAUUGGCAAUCAGUUCCUUGAAAUUUCAUCCAAAAAAACCAAUAUUGGCCAGUGUUUCAGAUGAUCGCUCUUGGAAGAUGUGGGCAUUUCCAUCUGGUGAAUUAAUCAUGAGUGGCGAAGGACAUAAAGACUGGAUUGCAGACUGUGAUUUUCAUCCUCGUGGAACACAACUUGCGACCGCUUCUGGAGAUGGAACAGUCAAGCUUUGGGACUUUUCAAAAGGAAUUGCUACACUAACAAUGAGCGAUCAUACUCAGGCUGUAUGGAGCUGUGCCUUUCACGAUCAUGGUGAUUUUCUUGCCAGUAGUUCGAUGGAUCACACUGCAAAACUAUGGGAUAUUCACACGGGGAAAUGUCGACAAACGUUCCGCGGUCAUACCGACUCGGUCAAUCAAGUUGGAUGGCAGCCUUUUACAAAUACUUUAUUCACAUGUUCUGGGGACAAGACAAUAUCACUAUGGGAUGGCCGCACUGGUGUAUGCACCCAAACUCUCUUUGGACACCUGAAUGCCAUCAAUAGUGGGUGUUUCUCUAUAAAGGGAAAUAGGUUUGCGUCGUGUGAUGCAGAUGGUAUUGUCAAGCUUUGGGAUCUUCGCAAUACUAGCGAAUUGGCAUCAAUGAACAUGGGACCUCAUGCAGCAAACAAGGUGGCAUUUGAUCCCAGCGGAGAGGUUUUAGCAGUUGCAAGUAACAAUGGGUCUGCGCGAUUGAUUAAUGUGAAUGAUAGCAGUAAGAGUCGUGACAUCAAGGUAUACCAAGAUUCUGUUCAAACAGUAGUGUUUGAUCGAACAUCAGAGUAUAUGGUGACUGCAGGCAGUGACGGAAUGUAUCAAAUAUUUCAAUAG